AUGGCGGCACAGGAGACGAAGCUAGCGUGUACUUAUAACGGUACUCUCAAUGAUGACAAACACGAGUUACCGGAAGGGUUCACAGUUUAUUCAUACAAGGGAAACAAAACAAAACGACCCUUUGCUAUGGGCAAAAUGCGUGUGAACAAUGUGGAAAAUAAGCCAAUCAAGCUGACCAUUGAUCCUAGUGUCUUUGAUAACUUGGAAUGGGAGGUCGAAUGCACAGCAGACGUGUGGAAAACUCUGAAGGACAGGAAAGUUAUGCCUAACAUGAAACAGCAAGUCAUUGAACGAAUCCAAAGUCUGGCAUCUGGAGAAUGGAGCACAUCAGUGUACAAAUCUUUAGCAAAUACACCACCAACUCUUAAACUAUUUGAAACUAAAUUGUCAAAAGGAGCCAGAAUUAUCUGGGAAUUGGCAAUUGCGUUUUCUCCCCGACUGAGUGAAGCAGCUGACAGAAGGCUUGGACAUGAUAAUAAUCCUGAUGAUAACUUUGCUGUGAAAGGUGGCAGAAUCUAUUCUGAGAUUAUAAGAGUCUGGGACAUUGUACUGGAUCAUGAUCAUCUGUAUCACGCAGUUCAAAAAAUCAUCAAGUCCCAUAACCGUGGAGAAAAUUGUAUUCUGCAGAGAAAGCUCAAGGGUAUCAAGGAUAAACAGUUUAUCGGUACUGAAGUGCAAAAAAGAGUGCCGAUGCUUUACGCCGAGGAAGACGAUGUUGUGGACUUGGCAGCUGCCAGGGAAGAUCAACAAUCUCUCAAGCUCUACCCUCCAGCAAGCCCGCAAGAGACGGAAUACCACAUUCUCAAAUUCUAUUCCUUCUCCUCAGCCCUUGUUUCAAACAUUCUUCAGAACCAUGACGUGAAGGUGGACUUCCCAUUCCGCGUGACUGACACAGAACAUGCCAUCAUUAAUCUGGAGUCAAAGUCACCCAUCUUACUGCUGGGCAGAAGUGGGACAGGGAAGACAACAUGCUGCCUGAACAGACUGUGGACACUUUUCACAGCCUAUUGGAAAAAGGCAAAGGUGGCUGGUGACCGUUUGCUUCCACGAGAACAUCAUUUUAUUGAGGAAGUGGAUGAAGUAGUAGAUUCGGACGUUUUGAGUGAAGUGCCAUCAACAAGUACAGGCUGCAAAGAAAUGGAUGGUGACGAAAUUAAAGAUGCUGUGGUUUUCGAUCACCUGCACCAGGUGUUUGUCACAAAGAAUACCUUUCUAUGCAGUGAGAUUCACAAGAACUUCAGCGAUCUCUGCCAUGCAUCGGACAUCGCAGAAGAACAUGUUAAGAAGGAAAAUGACAUCUUGCCAAAUAGACUUCAAGAUGUGAAUGACUUUCUCUACCCACUGUUUCUGACAUCCAGACAACUGCUCCUGAUACUGGAUGCAUCACUGAAUCCUCCGUACUUCUUUGAUAGGAAUGAUGAUGGAAGUCUGAAGGUUGUCAUACAGGGCUGGGGUACCCAGGAGGAUCUGUUUGGCUACACUCCACUUGACCACGACUCUGAUGAUGAGCAUUCGGAUGCUGAUGAUGAUCAGGAUGACAUGCUGGAUGAGCCCAUGGCUGAAUAUGCUGCUGCAGCAGCAAAGAAACUGAAGAUGGAUCCUCGUCGAGAAGUAACGUAUGAUGUUUUUGCUAAUGAGGUCUGGCCGAAGAUUUGUGAAAAAUUGUCAAUCGUCUACCACCCAAUGUUGGUAUGGACUGAAAUCAUGUCCUUCAUUCGAGGAUCAUUUGAGGCUCUCACAAAACCAAAUGGAAUCCUGGAGAAAGAUGAGUAUAUAGAACUGGGACUCAAACGUGCACCCAAUUUUAGUGGAGAGCGUGACAAGAUUUAUCAACUGUUCCUCGACUAUAAUCAUUUUAAGAAACAGAAUUUCCUGUUUGAUGAGUCUGAUCUGAUUUAUUCCAUCUACAAGCGGUUGCGAAACCUCGAGGAACAACCAUGGGUGCUGCAUCAAAUGUAUGUCGAUGAAACGCAGGACUUCACACAGGCAGAAUUGGCAAUUCUGAUUCGAAUCACACAAAAUCCCAAUGACAUGUUUUUAACCGGUGACACGGCACAAAGCAUCAUGAGAGGAAUUUCAUUUCGUUUCAGUGAUCUGAAGACACUCUUCUAUUAUGCCAAGAAGUCGCUGCAUGCUGUGGGCAAAACCAAAUCAGUUGAAGUUCCAAAGCAGGUGUACCAGCUGACACACAACUACCGGUCACAUGCUGGUAUUCUCACUCUUGCAUCUGCCAUCUUGGAUCUGAUGGUUGAAUAUUUUCCAGAGUCAUUUGAUCGUCUGAAGAAGGACCAAGGUUUAUUUCCGGGACCUCAACCAGUUCUUCUUGAGUCCUGUAGUCCUGUAGACUUAGCCAUUCUGUUGCAGGGAAACAAGCGUGAAACAUCCCACAUUGAGUUUGGUGCACACCAAGCCAUUUUGGUUGUGAAUGAUGCAGCAAGAGACUCCAUUCCUGAAGAGCUACAACUGGGCUUGAUUCUGACUAUCUAUGAAGCAAAAGCCCUCGAAUUUGAUGAUGUGUUGCUUUACAACUUCUUCAAGGAUUCUUACGCUUCCAAGGAGUGGCGAGUUGUGACUGCAUUCCUGGAAAGGUUAACACAGAAUAUGGAUACUACAGACCUUGGUGAAAAUCUUGUGAAGCUUGACGAAGAGGUUUUGAAACAGCCUUCCCGACCUCGACCUUUGACAUUCAAUCCGAACCAACAUAAAGUGUUGAACUCUGAACUGAAGCACCUGUACACGGCACUGACGCGCGCUCGCGUCAACGUGUGGAUCUUUGACGAGAGUGAGGAGAAACGAGCGCCCAUGUUUGAGUAUUUCAAAGCCAGACAUCUUGUGCGGGUUGUUUCAUCAUACAGUAAAGAAGAAUCAGGUACACUUCAUGUUCUCACUGUAAAGCAUGACAGGGUCUUUUGA